AUGGGCAGAAACCGGGCAGAGGAGGGAUGGAGGACGAACCUGGAACGCAUCGCAGCUGCCCAAUAGCACAGCCGAUUGGGGAGCACACUCUCCGGCGGAAGCAGCUGCUUUGUGCUGCACCUGCCAACUGGAGCUUGACCCCUCUUUUCCGUUUGUCCUGGUCUCUGGCGCGGGGCGGCCUCCUUCGUCCCAUGGCUCCUUCCUCUCUCCUGUCCUCAGCUUUAUUUCCUCGUCAAAGUUCCAAUUGCUUCCUAGAGUGACUCCCGUCUGUCAGACCCCCACCACCGGAUCAGGAGAUAUCCAGCGCCGUCCGCAUGUGUGCCGCGUUUGCAUCACCCGAUAGCUGACAAAACUAAACGAAAAAGGAGGUGUUUACACCUGCUUUGCCGUUUAUAAAACCUCGGUCGUUGACUUCGGAUAUCUCAUCAGUUUCGCUACUUGUGACCUUCAAAGCUUCUACCGACCCCUGAGCCGCAAACAUGGUGCACCUCCAAACCAUCCAGCCCAAGGAUGACGUGAACAAGAUUGCCGACGGCAUCAAAAAGGUCCACCUCCAAUUAGCCAACGAUGACGACAGCUUCACCACGAGCGUCUACGGGUCGAGGUUCGCCGCCCAGGACCUGCCACGGCAUGAGAUGCCCGAGGGCGAGAUGCCCAAGGACGUGGCCUACCGCAUGAUCAGGGACGAUCUGAGCCUGGACGGCAACCCCAUGCUGAACCUGGCUUCGUUUGUCACGACAUACAUGGAAGACGAAGCUGAGAAACUCAUGGCCGAGUCCUUCUCAAAGAACUUCAUCGACUAUGAGGAGUACCCCCAGUCAGCCGAUAUCCAGAACCGGUGCGUCUCCAUGAUCGGCCGCCUGUUCAACGCCCCCAUCGGCUCCAGUGAUGCCGACGCCAUCGGCACAUCGUGUGUCGGUAGCUCUGAAGCUAUCAUGCUGGGCGUCUUGGCCAUGAAGAAGCGCUGGAAGAACAAGCGGGCGGCCGAAGGCAAGCCGACCGACCGGCCCAACAUUGUCAUGUCGUCGGCCGUGCAGGUUUGCUGGGAGAAGGCGACGCGCUACUUCGAGAUUGAAGAGAAGCUCGUCUAUUGCACCGAGGACCGUUACGUCAUCGACCCCGAAGAGACGGUUAACCUGGUGGACGAGAACACCAUUGGCAUCUGCUGCAUUCUAGGCACCACUUACACGGGCGAGUAUGAGGACGUCAAGGCGGUCAACGAUUUGUUGACAGAGAGGGGCCUCGACACGCCCAUCCAUGUUGAUGCGGCCAGUGGUGGGUUCGUGGCGCCGUUUGUUGUGCCCGAUCUCGAGUGGGAUUUCCGACUAGACCACGUCGUCUCGAUCAAUGUGUCCGGGCACAAGUACGGCCUCGUGUACCCCGGCGUUGGCUGGGUCGUCUGGCGCAGCGCCGAGUAUCUCCCGAAGGAGCUCGUCUUCAACAUCAACUACCUGGGUGCCGACCAGGCGUCGUUCACGCUGAACUUCAGCAAGGGCGCCAGCCAAGUCAUCGGCCAGUACUACCAGCUCAUCCGGCUCGGCAAGCACGGCUACCGCGCCAUCAUGAGCAACCUGACGCGCACGGCCAACUACCUGUCCGACUCGCUCGAGGCGCUCGGCUUCGUCAUCAUGUCCAAGAAGUCGGGCGAGGGCCUGCCGCUGGUGGCCUUCCGGCUGCCGGCGCAAGAGGGCCGCAACUACGACGAGUUCUCGCUCGGCCACGCCCUGCGGUCGCGCGGCUGGGUCGUCCCGGCCUACACCAUGGCGCCCCACACCAACGACCUCAAGAUGCUGCGCGUGGUCGUGCGCGAGGACUUCACCAAGAACCGGUGCGACGCCCUGAUUGCCGACAUCAAGCUCAGCCAGCAGCUGCUCGAGGAGAUGGAUCGCGAGAGCAUCAGGAAGCAGCAGGAGUUCAUCCACAAGCACCACACGGCGAGCGGGAAGGCGCCGCAUAACCAUCCCAAGUACCGGAAGGAGAAACACUCGAUCCAGGGCAAGACUGGGAAGACUCACGCUGUCUGCUAACACGUAACGAGGGGAGACGGGGAUGCCCUGAACCAGGAGCUGCUGGCGCCGCGGAUUGCAUGCUCGUCAUGACUAAUGACUUAUCGCGAUGUCUUAAUUUGGUUGAAGUCGGCGAGGGUAUUUUUUGCUUUAUUUCCGUGUCAUCUGUAUUUGAGUUGAGUCAUAGAUUCUGCUAGAGUCUGGAAAACGAAAUGACUUUUUUGUGGCA